AUGAAGCUUCUGGGAAUAUCAUCUCCUAGAAGUUCAGCAAUCAGUUUAGAUCUCCUCAAUCUGUAUGUUGUGAACCAGAUAUCAAGCAAAAAAGACAACACGGAGAAUACGAGGAAGCCAGUCCACAUUGACAUCACCAAAAAUGUAAAAAUACCUGUUCAGAGGCACAACAUACAGCUUCCCACGUCACCACAACGUACACAACAUGCAUCAAACUUAGAUGACAUCCAGAACAGGUUACAAAAGCAAGUAUUGGACAGCAGAAGGCAGCAUCUCUCAGAGAAAGUAAAAUACCAGCAUAAUCUAGGAAAUAAUUCUGAUCAAAACCCUUGGAUUACAAAACCUCCAAGCCAGUUUAUUUUCAGGAAAUCUGAUACAGUGCCGCAGGAGCUGUUUAAACCAUUUGACUGAGCAACUUCCUCACCUACCCCCAGGCUAGACUAUAUGAAUUCUGCCAGGAAAAGUCCAGUGGUAAUGACCAAUACCAAGUCAGAAAACAGUGAAGAAAUAAAAGAACCAUUGUUUGGUAUUGUGAAAGAAACUGCAGAACUGAAAGCUCCCCAGGAUGGAAGUGAUUGCUCUUUUCUGGGACUGUUUGAAGAUAAGAGCCAACCAGUCCAUAAUAAUCCUUCCACAAAGCAUUUUAAUCCUUUUGUUAACCAAAGCAGUACUGUGAUGUUUUUCAUGGAUCCUGAUGAUAGAAAAAAAACGACCAACAGAAAUUAUCCUUGUGAUACUAGAGAGGCUUAUCCUGCAAUCAAUGCCAAAAGUUCUGUAGACCGACACCUUGAAGGCAUUUUCACAGCUCCAGAGCAGAUUUUACUUAAAAGUAACAGUGCCCCAAGUUCAAGCUACAAGACAACCAGUGCACUUCGUAACACCCACCUGCAGGACUGUCAUGAGCAACAGCGCUACUUCAUACCCUCCGGAAACAAAGAAAAACUUGCAAGCCUUGAAAAAAUUGAGACACUUGAUUAUCACCAGGAUCAGCAGAUUAACUUAAAGGAGAAUGUGCAGAACUAUCCAAGAAAAAAAAGUGCCACCGAGUCUGUGAAAGAAUCAGCCUGGAGACAGAACCAGCUCUUUGGGUUUGAAGAGUUCACGACAGCACAAGAGAAAGAGCACAAGUUUGGAGUGAGUUCAAAUCUUCAUGAGAUGGAGAAGGACGUGGACUUAUCACUCAGUAACCAGUCUUCAAGUUACUCUCCAAGGCAGACAAAGAGCUGUUUCAGCCCUGGUUCUGACUCAUCUGAAGAGAAAGACACAGCCAAAAAGAAGGAAUAUCUGAAUGAACAGUCCUUGAAGAUAGAUGAUGCCAACCUGGUCUCAGCCUCAGCAAGCACAGAGCCUCCCAAGACCUCUCACGCCAGAACUGUGCCUCUCCAGCCCAGCAGAAUUUUGGCUCGAGAAGCAGCAAACCAUCUUCAAGAGAAAGACUCUGUUUUAUGUGCCACGGAAGAGGAAAAAAACUCCUGCACUGCCCCGUCUGAGGGCAGCUCAUUACACCAAGCCCUUAAAAGCAAGGAUGUCGCUUGCAGGACCAGGCACGACGUUUCCUCACAGACUGAGAGCUCUGUCGCAGAAGUAAAGAAGGUGGAUGUUGCUACCCAGUGCAGCACUACACAGGUGUGCAGCUGUGGGAGCUCCCUCCCCUCUGCCUGCAGCCUGGAGGGGGUUCCUCUUCCCAGUGCCGCAGGCACCGCUGGAGGGCACAAAACGGUAGCGCAUGAGGUGCUGCAGCCUGCGGGCACGGGCAGCGUGGCAGGAACAGCAGUGGUUUCUGCUGAGGGCGAGUAUCAGAGUUUGGCUGACAGAGGGACUCUAGAGGUGCUGAACUACAUUGUUAUCAUGAAGGAGAGAGAGAAGCAGUGA